AUGGGUGGAAUACCAGAUAAUUUGGCGGAUUUGAUCCAUAAGAAGUACCAGGAUGCGCUUACAAAUAAGCACAUUGUCUUCAGAAAAUCAUCGUCUAAAAAGCUGAAAAGUGCUGACUCGAGAGUCGAAUAUUUGAUAACUUAUAUGCCAAAUUCUCAGGAUAAGCCUGAGCGUAAUGAUUUAUUACUUAAAAACUUUGACCCAUUUGAAAAACCUGAUGAACCCUUAACAGUUUUAAAUUCCGUUAAUAAGGACUACACCUUGUUGUUGAAUAAAUACCCCGUGAUACCAGAACAUAUUCUAUUAGUAACCAAAAAGUUUGAGGAUCAAAGGUCACCGUUAUCGCCAGAUGACUUGCUUACCGCAUAUCAACUACUAGAUAAAUUGGAUGAUGAGGAUGACGAUAAAAGAUACGUCGCUUUCUAUAACUGUGGUCCCAAUAGUGGUUCAUCGGUAGAUCAUAAACACCUUCAAUUGUUCAAACUUCCCGAUAACGUCACACUAUUUCAAGAUAAACUAUGCAAAGGGGAAAACCAUUUUCUGCCAGGUUCUAAUAUGGAGCCAUUACAGGAACGGAACGUUUCAUUUUGUCAUUUUGUAAUUCCUUUACCAGAUGAGAUGGAAAAAGUUACAAAGGAUUUGCUCGCGAUGACUUUUAUUGCGUUGCUACAAAGGGUAUUAACCCUUUUCCAAAAUUGGGAAAAUGAUAAGAUCGAUUUAACAAUAUCCUACAAUGUGAUGAUCACCAAGAAAUGGAUGUGUGUUGUACCACGUUCAAAAGCUGUUGGUGAAACGACCCCAUUGGGUUUGAAUGCAAUUGGGUAUAUGGGGUUGCUCCUAGUAAGGGCAGAAGAUAUUUUGAACCAACUUCUGGAAUCUCCACAUUUGAUGGAUCAGUUAUUAUUAGAAUGUGGUUUCCCAAACAAUGCAGGGUUUAAGUCAAACGAAUAUAGUUACUAA